UCUCUUUCUCUGUAUGUGUGCCUCUGUCUCACCCUCACCACUUUCUGUCUUCCUCUCCAUCCACUCUGUGCUAUGCUCUGUCUUUGCUGCUCUUUUCUCUUUCUCUUUUGGCAUUGAAUAAUUUCCAAAAAGAUUUUUUUCCAGCAUCCUCAGCUGAUUGGCCUUUCCAAGAAGGCCACCUGGAAGCGUAGUUUUUCUUAUUUUUCCUGUUCAACUGCGUGUUUGUGUUUUAUUCUAGGAGGUUUAGAUCACUUUUUCAUCAGGGGAAAAUAAAAAUGCCACGCUCCUUUUUGGUGAAACUGCCAAAGAUUCACGAUUUCUCCUCUUCCAACCACUACUAUCAUCAUCAACAUCAGCAGCAGGAGCAGCACUGGGAUGACUCUUACACCGUGACACAUGCCAUCACUGAGUCAUCCACCAACUUGGCCGUGCAUCUGAGUGAAAACAGGUACAUCCAGGAUUACAUCAUCCCGUCAGUGUUUAAGCGCACAAAGGAGUCAAGUCAUGAGCAGACUGGGCUCACAGCAGGGCCCCUGUACUCCCCAGGGGGCAGCAGCGGGGAAGAGUUCUCUGACCACGACAUGGAAGAUCCGGACAGCCCCGUUUCUAGCACCACAGUUGAGUCGGACGGCAGUAGCCCUGAAACGGAGGCGUGCACAAUCAGUGGCUUUCUCAUCUCUGAUGGUCGCUCGCGCCGGAGGCCUAAACAGAGAUGUUCUCACAUGGAAGGGAGCCAUUUGGACAGCAGCGAGGGAAGCAGCUCAACAGAUUGCAGCCCCGCCAAAGGGGAAUCCAAAGGACGUCACGUGUGCAGCGAGUGUGGCAAGUCGUACGCCACAUCCUCCAAUCUGAGUAGGCACAAGCAGACUCACCGAAGUCUGGACAGCCAGCAGGCCAGGAAAUGUCCUACCUGCCACAAAGUUUAUGUGUCUAUGCCGGCUCUGGCCAUGCACAUGCUGACCCAUGACAUGAAGCACGAGUGCAAGGUGUGUGGCAAAGCUUUCAGCCGGCCUUGGCUCCUGCAGGGUCACAUGAGGUCUCACACUGGGGAGAAACCGUUUGCCUGCGCUCACUGUGGCAAAGCCUUUGCUGACCGCUCCAAUCUGCGUGCCCACAUGCAGACGCACUCAGCGUUCAAACACUACUCCUGCAAACGUUGUCGUAAAAGCUUCGCGCUCAAAUCCUACCUGAACAAGCAUUACGAGUCGGCCUGCUUCAAAGGGCAGUCAACAGAGGGUGACUGCAGCUCUGAGGACUGAAAGGAAAAUCCUUUCUUCUUUAUAUGUUUUUUUUCUAGUUCAAAUAUCUAAGUCAGACGACGGCUCGCGACUUCUCAGACUUUUCAAAUGCAUGUAUCAAAAUCCUGCCUUUUGACAUAAGCAAUAACCUCACAGUAAAUUCUUCAGGAAACAUGUAGAAAAUUUCAUAAAAAAUCUCAGUGUUGAUUACAAAUGCAAAAUAUUUUAUAUUCUUUUUAUAAAUUGCAAUAAUUUACACAUCACUAUCAUUUGAUAUAUCACCAAGCUCUUAAUUUAUCUCAGAUGGCUUGGUUACUUGCAUAAUGUAUUUGCAUAUUUAUUAACUUAUUUAACUAUUUAUUUGCCAAUUUGAAGAUUAUUUAUUUAUUAUGGGUUAAUGUAUUUGUCAAUUUAACAUGUUUAAGAAGCCAGGUGCUGGAUUUGAUGAGAACAAAAGCCAAAGUAUACUCUGAUAUAGUAUAUUUGCCUGUCUGAUCGAUUUGGUGAUGACAAUAAAAACCAGUGAGUAACUUC